CUAAUCUAGAGAAGAAGAAAACAAAACUCAGCCUUCCUGUAUUAAUAAGAGGUGGAGGUGGGGGUGGAGGGAAAACCCCAAAGCAAGAAGAAGGUACCCUAAAAACGAAGAGGCGUGCAGCCCUUCAAACAACAACGUAAUAAAAGAAUCGAGAGGGAGCCCUCAAAGUAUACCCCUGUUCCGUCCCUCUUCUUUUCGACACUGUGUGUACGUGCAUAAGAAAGACUGUUGUCACACACCUAGUCUUUCCUUAUUUUGACAGCAGACAAAAACAUAAAACAUGAACAAUCAAGAAACCAAAGCACAGAAAGGAAAAAUGGGUAAGAAGAACCAGAGGAAAGCAGCGCAGCAGCAAAACCCUAGAGUUGCAGAAGCUACUCUUAUUCGAAUCUCGAAAAUUCUUGAAAGGUUCCGUGCUGCCCCCGAUCAAGUUUACACAUUCGAAGCUAACCUAUCAAACUAUGACCGUGCUGUGGUACAUGAGGUGUGCAAGAAAAUGGGUAUGAAGUCCAAGAGUUCUGGGCGCGGGGGGCAGCGACGUGUUUCUGUUUACAAGAACACAAAGAAGUUAGAUGAUGUAAAGGGGAAGGAAAACCUCACUCAUUUGACAUUUUCAGGAGAAUCAAAAAUGGUUUUGGGAGAACUAUUUUCAAACUACCCUCCUGAAGAAGGAGGCUUUGGAGCAGAGCUAGAAGGAAAACAUAGUGGAACUGCUGGUAAAACACGAGAGAAAAAAGAUGAUAUCUUCUCUAAACCUUCUAGAAAAAAAGCAGAAAUUGCAAAGAAGGUUGAAUCAUUUGCUUCUAGAAUAGAAAAGGAUGUAAAGUUAAAACAGAUUGUUGAAGGGAGGUCUAAGCUUCCGAUUGCAUCCUUUAUGGAUGUCAUUACAUCCACUAUAGAAUCUCACCAGGUUGUUCUCAUUUCUGGUGAGACUGGGUGUGGAAAGACAACACAGGUGCCACAAUUUCUUUUGGACCACAUGUGGGGAAAGGGUGAAGCAUGUAAAAUAGUUUGUACACAACCUCGACGUAUCUCUGCAAUAUCAGUUUCUGAGAGAAUUUCUUAUGAAAGAGGAGAAAAUGUUGGAGAUAGCGUUGGAUACAAGAUUCGUUUGGAAAGUAAAGGUGGGAAGCACUCGUCAAUUGUGUUCUGUACAAAUGGGGUUCUAUUGAGGAUUCUGGUUUCCAAGGGCAUCACUGGGUCGCAGAAUGAAGCUAAUACAGCGGCCAAGGAAAAUGUUUCCGACUUAACUCAUAUUAUUGUGGAUGAAAUUCAUGAAAGGGAUCGCUUCUCUGAUUUCAUGUUGGCAAUUAUUAGGGACAUACUUCCUUCACAUUCUCAUCUUCGGCUGAUAUUGAUGAGUGCCACUCUUGAUGCUGAACGAUUUUCACAAUAUUUUGGUGGCUGCCCAAUUAUCCGCGUUCCUGGGUUCACUUAUCCUGUCAAAGCUUUCCAUUUGGAGGAUGUGCUUUCUAUCUUAAAUUCCAGAGAUGAUAAUCAUCUUGAUUCUGCUAUGCCAAAUGUCCUGGAUGAAGGUCAUGAAUUAACAGAGGAAGAUAAAGCUGCUUUAGAUGAAGCUAUUAACUUGGCUUGGUCAAAUGAUGAAUUUGAUUCCCUCCUAGAUUUGGUUUCUUCUGAAGGAACCCCAAAGGUGUAUGAUUAUCAGCAUUCUGUGAGUGGACUGACACCACUGAUGGUCUUUGCUGGAAAGGGUAGGGUUGGUGAUGUUUGCAUGCUCCUCUCUUUGGGCGCAAACUGCAAUUUACAGUCCAAGUGUGGAUUAACAGCACUGAAAUGGGCUGAACGAGAAAACCAGGAAGAAGCUGCUGAAGUAAUAAGAAAACAUGCUCAGAAUGCCUUGGCUGAUUCCUCGGAACAACAGCAACUUCUUGAUAAAUAUAUGGCAACAAUUAAUCCUGAACUUAUUGAUGUGGUUCUUAUAGAGCAGUUAAUAAAGAAAAUAUGUGUUGAUUCCAAAGAUGGUGCUAUCCUUGUUUUUCUUCCAGGGUGGGAUGAUAUAAAUAGAACGCGGGAGAGAUUACUUGCGAACCCGUUUUUUAAAGAUGGUUCCAAGUUUAUUAUAAUCUCUCUCCAUUCUAUGGUUCCAUCUGUGGAGCAAAAGAAGGUAUUCAAACGCCCACCUCAGGGUUGCCGAAAAAUCAUUCUUUCAACUAAUAUUUCUGAAAGUGCCAUUACUAUUGAUGAUGUGGUAUAUGUUAUAGAUAGUGGACGCAUGAAAGAAAAAAGUUACGAUCCUUAUAACAAUGUAUCAACUCUUCAAUCAUCCUGGGUAUCUAAAGCAAGUGCAAAGCAACGAGAGGGACGUGCAGGGCGCUGUCAGCCUGGAAUAUGUUAUCAUCUAUAUUCAAAACUCAGAGAAUCUUCUUUGCCAGAUUUCCAAGUUCCUGAAAUCAAGAGAAUGCCAAUUGAGGAACUCUGUUUACAGGUGAAGUUGCUUGAUCCCCAUUGCAAGAUAGAAGCUUUCUUGCAAAAGACAUUGGACCCUCCGGUUCCAGAAACCAUACGCAAUGCUGUUGCUGUUCUUCUAGAUAUUGGGGCUUUAUCAGUGGAUGAAACAUUGACAGAACUGGGAGAGAAGAUCGGUUGCCUACCUGUUCAUCCAUUGACGAGCAAGAUGAUUUUCUUUGCCAUAUUGAUGAAUUGCCUUGACCCAGCUUUGACACUGGCAUGUGCAUCUGAUUAUAGAGAUCCAUUUACCCUUCCUAUGCUGCCUAAUGAAAAGAAGAGAGCUGCUGCUGCUAAGUUUGAGCUUGCUUCAUUGUAUGGUGGGCACAGUGAUCAGCUAGCAGUUUUAGCAGCUUUUGAGUGCUGGAACAAUGCGAAGAAUAGGGGUCAAGAAGCAUCGUUUUGUUCACAAUACUUCAUCUCUUCAAGCACCAUGAAUAUGCUGCAAGCCAUGCGUAAACAGCUCCAGAGAGAACUAAUACGCAAGGGGUUUAUUCCAGAAAAUGUCUCUAGUUGUAAUACAAAUGCGCAUGUUCCAGGUAUAGUCCAUGCUGUCCUUGUGGCUGGUCUGUAUCCAAUGGUGGGGAGGUUCCUUCCACCUAAAAAUGGAAAGCGUGUUGUGGAGACUACUAGCGGUGCUAAAGUUCGGUUGCACCCUCAGUCCCUUAAUUUUAAAUUAUCAUUUUGGAAAUCUAAUGACUACCCAUUGGUUAUAUAUGAUGAGAUAACUCGAGGAGAUGGGGGUAUGCACAUAAGGAACUGUACUGUCAUUGGUCCACUGCCAUUAUUGCUACUCGCAACAGAGAUUGUAGUCGCUCCUGCAGAGAAUGAUGACGAGGAUGAUGAGGAGGACGACGACGACUAUGAUAGUGCAGAUGGAGCUGAAAGUGAUGAAGAUGGAAUGGAGAUACAUGGCAAAUUAGGCACUCAACAGGGUGAGAGGAUCAUGUCCUCUCCCGAUAAUUCAGUUAUGGUUGUUGUGGAUCGGUGGCUUUAUUUUGGAGCAACAGCCCUUGAUGUUGCUCAAAUUUACUGCUUGAGAGAGCAAUUAUCUGCAGCAAUCUUAUUCAAAGUGACACAUCCUCACAAAGAACUUCCUCCUGCUCUUGCGGCCUAUACAUAUACUACGGCUUGUAUUCUGUCCAAUGAUGGGCUAUCUGGGAUUUCAUUACCAGGAGAAUCCGUGGAGUCACUGACUUCAAUGGUCCAUGCAACUGAGAUUGACGAGUCCUGUUCUGGAAGGAGAGGGAUCAGUCAGAAUCCAAAUAGCUUCCUUAGCUCGCUGAAGAACAACACACAGCAGACCGCUCCUCGUUAUCACAAUGCUAGGAGUCCUAAUCAAAGGCCUACAUUGCAAGGCUCCACAUCAGCUGGGCACAGUAUGCAAGGGCCAUCGGGUCCAAGGGGAGAUUCCUAUAAGCGGCAGCGUGGAAAUGCAACCAGACAGCACGUACGCUAUUUGUAGGGAUUCAGCUUGUUUCAUAGAAAGUUCAUGACAGUGAUAUGGGCUUGUUCACUAGGCUUUGUCCCGGCAAUAUUCUAGUGUAACAGUCCCUCGGUUUUUUGGUUGGGCUAAUGUACAAGUUGCCGAGUUGUUGCUCAAUAUUGUUAGUGUUGUUCCUUCUUUUCAUUUCGGUCGAUUAAAUUUCUCUACUCUUUAAGUGUUUCUUUUUUUUGGGUACCAAACUUAUAAAUUUCCCUCCAUAGUCGAGCUUGAUCCA